AUGAACUGUCUUGAACCAAAAUAUACCUUGCCAUCACGAGCCACACUCAGCAGAAAAGUUAUUCCUGAUCUCUAUGAGAAAGUAAAAGAAGUGAAGGCAGGUCUCAAGGCAUCUCACUCAGUCGCACUCACCACUGAUGGCUGGACGUCACGGGCAACCCAGAGCUACAUCACCAUCACAGCUCAUUUCAUAGAUGAAGAGUGGGAGCUUAAAAACAAAGUUCUUCAAACACGACAAAUGUUUGACUCACACACAGGUGUUAACAUUGCUGAUGUCUUGAAACAAGCCAUAGAUGACUGGGAGUUGAAACGUCCACAUGGACAGCAGCCUAUUACAUCAGACAGCGCAGCAAAUGUAUGCCUUGCAGUCGACAUUGCAGAGAUGACACCCCAUAUCCGAUGCUUUGCACAUAUCAUCAAUCUUGCAGCCCAACAAGCUCUUCAUAUAAAUGAAGUUCAAUGUCUUCUUGGAAGAGUCAGGAGAAUUGUUACUUUCUUUCAUAAGAGCAGCACAGCAAAUUACCAGUUGGAGCUGAAACAAAAGCUACUUCAACUUCCUAACCAUCUUCUCAUCAACAAAGUGAAAACAAGAUGGAACAGCGCCUAUGACAUGAUUGAACGAUACUUGGAGCAGCAGCCAGCUGUGAUGGCAGCACUUAUGUCACCAAAUAUUAAAAGGGAAAAGGACCUGGACACACUGAGCUCAGAUGACAUCACUCUUGCUGAACAUUUCAUCAAAGUCCUGGGCCCGCUGAAAACAAUCACUACCAUUCUCUGUGAAUCAAACAUACCAACUCUAUCAAUGGUUCAAAGCUCUGCCCUUCCUCAGCCAACAAGAGAAGCUGGAGGUCCAAGAAUCUCUUUGUGA